AGGAGGGAAAUUAAUCAGCUUCCCAGAGGCCUAUCCUGUCCCUCUAAACAUCUGUCAAUCACUGCCCCUUAAACACAUUGUCCCAUAGUGGUCACCACCUGACUCACAGGACAGGAAACAAACACCAAAAAACAUCCACCCCCUAUGAUAGAAUCUAUAAAAACAACCCAUCUCUGCCUUGUGCACACACUCAGCCUGUGUGUGGUCAUAGCAGUAGCAGUGGUUGGGAGAGAGGUGGUACUUUGUAGAGAUGGCAGCAGAUCAAUACUAAUGCAUUCCCUUUCUCACAAGUCCUCCUGACAAACACUGCUCUUCAUUAGAGAGAGGGAGAGUCAGGCACAGAACAAGACGGACAUUCUUCAUUUUAAGCAUCAUUAUUCUGACUAGCUACCGUUUGGUAAGUAGCCCUUUCUUUACCAAAACUGCAUUUUUAUGUAGUAAAUCAAUAAGGAAUCAUUUAAAUCAGAAUCACUUUAAGACAAUUUUCACAAUGUUACAAUAAGCAAGUCUGACUUCCCUUUCAAUUUCAGGAAGAUGACAGAGAUCACAGCAUCACUGAAUCGCUCAACCUCCCUUCUCUUCGACAACUCAACCUUCCCCCCAUACCUUCAACCCCUCUGGACCUCCUCCUCCCCCUCUUCCAUCCCUCCUCCCCCUGACCUGGUGGUGUCCCCCAACGUUGUGUACAUGGUGGCUGAACUCAUCAUAGCAACCCUCUCCACCGUGGGUAACCUGCUGGUGUGUGCUGCCGUUGGCCUCAACAGGAAGCUACGUACUGUCACCAACUACUUCCUAGUGUCGCUGGCCGUAGCUGACAUCUGCGUGGGUGCACUGGCCAUCCCUUGCGCCAUCCUCACUGGCGUUGGCGUGCCCCGCCACAACCUCUACCUGUGUCUGCUGAUGCUAAGUGUGCUCAUCAUGCUAACCCAGAGCUCCAUCUUCAGCCUGCUAGCUGUAGCUGUGGAGCGCUACGUGGCCAUCUUCCUGCCCUUCCGCUACCACACGCUCAUGACGCCACGCAACGCUAUCCUAGUUAUCCUGGUGACCUGGGUGCUGGCUUUCCUCAUUGGCCUGGUGCCACUCAUGGGCUGGCACAAAACACCGCCCGACUCGGGCUACUGCUUCUUCGUGUUCGUGGUGGACAUGACCUAUAUGGUCUACUUCAACUUCUUUGCCUGCGUGCUAGCGCCCCUGGUGGUCAUGUUCCUCAUCUACGCCAAGAUCUUUGUGACAGUCAAGCGGCAGGUACGGCGCAUCGCAGCAGAGCGCGGGGGCGGCGUGGGGGGUGCGGAGGGGCAGGCGGCCCGGGCGGCCAGCAUGAAGAAGGAGAUAAAGACGGCCACGUCGCUGUUCCUCGUCCUCUUCCUCUUCACUGCCUGCUGGAUACCACUGCACGUCAUCAACUGCUUCCUGCUGCUCUGCCCCGGCUGCCCUGUGCCUUUGGAGCUCCUCCUCACCGCCAUUAUCCUAUCACACGCAAACUCUGCCGUUAACCCCUUUCUGUACGCGUACAAGAUGAAGACCUUCCGGAACACCUUUAAGGCCAUCUUCCUCUGCUGUAGAGCUCUAGGGGACUGGGAAGAGGCGGCCGAUGGUGGGGGGACCACCACCCACAGGACCUGACCGAAGACCCGUUGGUACCGCCUUGACUCGCCAUUCCUUAAUGUUCAACUGGUGAGGAUUAUGUACCAUUUGGUGGUCGUUAUGCCCAGAGAACUGUCUUUUACAAUAAACAGACCUGCUAGAAUAUCAGGGACACAUCUCCUAACUAACGUUAAUAUACCACUAUGUACAUUCCAGUAAAGUUAAAGUUUGUGGACACCAGACUACUUUAUUUGCUUCAUUAGAGAAAGCCUCACCCUUUAG